AAAAUUCAUUUGAAUAAUAGUAACAUGUUUCACUAUGUUACGCAGAUAAAGAACAAUAGAAAAGUAUAAGAUGUUGUUGUAUACGUUAGUAGGAGGUUAUAUGUUAACGUCAAUGGUAUUUUUUAAAUAUCCAACAUUAUUACAUAAAAAGAAACAAGUGAAAUUUUUAUGUCAGCAUAUUAGUCACAGAGGCGGGGCAGGUGAAGGCUAUGAAAACACGAUGUACGCUUUUAAACGAGCUGUGGCAGUUGGUACACAAAUGUUGGAAUUGGAUUGUCAUUUAACAAAAGAUGGAGAAGUAAUUGUAUCACAUGAUCAUAAUCUUUUUCGUAGUACAGGAACAAAUAAAAGCAUUUCAGAAAUGAAUUACAAAGAUCUACCUCUAUUGAAACCACGUCUUCCAAUAGAUUUUGAUCCAGAUGUUGAAUAUAUUGGUCCAGGAAAAGAAGAAGAUAGGCGAUUUGCUUUGUUAAAAGAAGUAUUUGAAGCCUUUCCCAAUAUACCAAUUAAUAUUGAUAUUAAAGUUAAUGAUGAUCAACUUAUAACAAAGGUAUCUAAUUUAAUAAAGGAAUAUAAUAGAGAGGAAUACACUGUAUGGGGAAAUUUCAGUGAUGAAAUAACACAGAAGUGUUAUAAAACGAAUCCUAAUAUAAAUUUGUUAUUUUCUAUGAAACGUGUAACUCUAUUACUAGUUUUUUUAUACACUGGUUUGUUACCAUUUAUACCUCUAAAGGAAACACAUUUGGAAAUAUUUCUACCUUCCAUUUAUUUAAGAUAUAAAGGAGGUUCAAGUCCAACAUUUUUAUCUCUGGAAAAAAUAAUUAUACGAAGCAUCAGUAUAUUAUUAAUGAGACCAUGCUUAUUUAAUCACUUAAGAGCUCGUGGAAUACAUGUCUAUUUUUGGGUCUUAAAUAAAGAGGAAGAAUUUAAGAAAGCUUUUGAUCUUGGAGCAACUGGUGUAAUGACAGAUUACCCUACCAAAUUAAAAUUAUUUUUAAAUAAUUGUUCUGUAAAAUAACUCGUUAAAUAUAGUGAAUGAAAACGAGAUUAACAUAUGUUAGGUACACGAAAUAUUUAUUGAUUUACUUCCAAGAAGUAUAUA